CAGGUCAAAAGUUGAUUAAUUCCCGAGAUCCCCCAGAAUCUUUCUUUUUCUCUUUUCUGGCAGCUUCGGCUUCCCAGUCGGGGUAGUAGAGAGGUUGGGGGCGUAGGAGAGGCGGGGAGGGCGCGGCGAAGGAGGCGGGAGCCGGGUGCCGGUGCGUGCCGCGCCCGCUCCUGCCGGGUGAGAGUCCGGGCCGGGUUUUGCGCCGUGUCCCCGGGCUUGUCUCACGGCCUCCAGCCGCCGCCGCUGCCGUGUUUACUGAGCUCGCGCGUCCUGAUAUCACUCCGCUGGCAUGGAGGAGGAGGAGGAGGUGGAGGAGCGAGAGGAGGAGGAGGAGGCGGCGGCGGCGGCGGCGAGCAGUUGAUCAUUGUGAUGGUGGCAGGAGCAGCGGCGGCAGCGGCAGCCCAGCCGAGCGUUAGGGGCUGCUCUCCGCGCGGCGUUUUGCAAAGGACUUCACCGAUCUACUUUUGCAGUCGCCUCGGACUGUCCAUGUGUUUACUUCCCCCAGCCCGAGGAUUCGAUAUCUAGGUUCCUGUGAAAUGCAACUGAGCAGCCAAAGUACUUUGAGAACACGGGGCGGCAUAAACACCAAAACUUUUUUGUGGAAGGAAAAUGCAAUAAGCAAGCUUGCCGUUUUCCGAUGCGGUGUGGAGUGAGUGUGUGUCGCGCGUGUCCGCACUGGAGGCAUAUGCUUGUGUGUGUACAUGGGGUGUGUUUUUCGGUACGUAGGGAGAAAAUGCUUGCCAACCACCGGAAAUCUCCUGGAAUUUAUUAGAAAAUAAUGGAUUAUAAAAAGAAGGCAGGCAAGGAGCGGAUCUCCCCUUGAGUUGCAACCCGAUUUGCUGCUGGCUCAGUUUGUUGUGAUUCUUUUUGUUGAUAGGUGUCUGAUGGUAUUCUGAUAACACCCCCCUUUUUUUCCCCUCGAGCUUUACAGUUUAAAAAAAGGAAACAAAAAAACCACCCCAAAAUCUCUCCCCCUUUUUUUCGCCCCGGCGGGAUCGCUGUUUCCAUCCAUGUGCUUGCGUCUCCCCCGCGUUCCACUUAAACUAUUUUAAUCCUUGGACCCAAGGAGGAGGCUGAUAGGGGGGUGGAUAAAAAAAGUUCUUCCAAAAUAGUGUGCCCGGGGAGCAGGAUGGGGGAUUUCGCAGCCCCCGCUGCUGCCGCGAAUGGCAGUAGUAUUUGCAUCAACAGUAGCCUGAACAGCAGCCUCGGCGGGGUCGGGAUCGGUGUGAAUAAUACUCCCAAUAGUACUCCUGCUGCUCCGAGUAGCAAUCACCCCGCUGCCGGCUGCGGCGGCGGCGGCUCCGGGGGCCCCGGCGGCGGUUCGGCGGCCGUCCCCAAGCACAGCACCGUAGUGGAGCGGCUCCGCCAGCGCAUCGAGGGCUGCCGGCGGCACCACGUCAACUGCGAGAACAGGUACCAGCAGGCUCAGGUGGAGCAGCUGGAGCUGGAGCGCCGGGACACCGUGAGCCUCUACCAGCGGACCCUGGAGCAGAGGGCCAAGAAAUCCGGCGUCGGCACCGGCAAGCAGCCGCACCAGAGCAAACCCCAGCAAGAUGCGGAGGCAGCCUCGGCGGAGCAGAGGAACCACACGCUGAUCAUGCUCCAAGAGACUGUGAAAAGGAAGUUGGAAGGAGCCCGAUCACCACUUAAUGGAGACCAGCAGAAUGGUGCUUGCGAUGGGAGUUUUUCUCCAACUAGCAAGCGAAUACGAAAGGACAUUCCCCCAGGGAUGGAAGCCAUCAACAGUUUGCCCAACAACAUGCCACUGCCUUCAGCCUCUCCUCUUCACCAACUUGACCUGAAGCCUUCUCUGCCCUUGCAGAAUAGUGGAACUCACACUCCUGGGCUUCUAGAAGAUCUUAAUAAGAAUGGUAGACUCCCAGAGAUUAAACUUCCUGUCAAUGGUUGCAGUGACUUGGAGGAUAGCUUCACUAUCUUGCAGAGCAAGGACCUCAAACAAGAACCUCUAGAUGACCCUACUUGCAUAGACACAUCAGAAACAUCACUUUCAAAUCAGAACAAGCUGUUCUCAGACAUUAACCUGAAUGAUCAGGAGUGGCAAGAAUUAAUAGAUGAGUUGGCCAACACGGUUCCUGAAGAUGACAUACAGGACCUGUUCAAUGAAGACUUUGAAGAGAAGAAGGAGCCAGAAUUCUCACAGCCGGUGACUGAGACCCCCCUCUCCCAGGAAAGUGCAAGUGUGAAGAGUGACCCCUCUCACUCUCCUUUUACACAUGUCUCCAUGGGAUCUCCCCAGGUGAGGCCUUCUUCUUCUGGUCCUCCCUUUUCUACAGUCUCCACGGCCACUAGUUUACCUUCUGUUGCCAGCACUCCCGCAGCUCCAAACCCCGCUAGCUCACCAGCAAACUGUGCUGUCCUGUCCCCUCAAACUCCAAACCAAGCCCACACUCCAGGCCAAGCUCCACCUCGGCCUGGAAAUGGUUAUCUCCUUAAUCCAGCAGCAGUGACAGCGGCCAGUUCAGGCUCGGGCCCUGUGGCUGUGCCCAGCUCCGACAUGUCUCCAGCGGAGCAGCUCAAACAGAUGGCUGCACAACAGCAACAAAGGGCCAAACUCAUGCAACAGAAGCAGCAGCAGCAGCAGCAGCAGCAACAGCAACAGCAGCAGCAGCAGCAACAGCAGCAACAGCAGCAGCAACACUCAAAUCAGACUUCAAGUUGGUCUCCUUUGGGGCCUCCGUCCAGUCCAUAUGGAGCAGCUUUCACUGCAGAAAAACCAAAUAGCCCAAUGAUGUACCCCCAAGCCUUUAACAACCAAAACCCUAUAGUGCCUCCAAUGGCAAACAACCUGCAGAAGACGACAAUGAAUAACUACCUCCCUCAGAAUCACAUGAAUAUGAUCAAUCAGCAGCCAAAUAACUUGGGUACAAACUCCUUAAACAAACAGCACAAUAUUCUCACUUAUGGCAACACUAAGCCUCUGACCCAUUUUAAUGCAGACUUGAGUCAGAGAAUGACACCACCAAUGGCCAACCCCAACAAAAACCCCCUGAUGCCAUACAUCCAGCAGCAGCAGCCACAGCAGCAGCAGCCACAGCAGCAGCAGCCGCCACCCCAGCUCCAGGCUCCCAGAGCACACCUGAGUGAGGACCAGAAACGCAUGCUUCUCAUGAAGCAGAAAGGAGUGAUGAAUCAGCCCAUGGCUUACGCUGCACUUCCAUCCCACGGUCAGGAGCAGCAUCCAGUUGGGCUUCCCCGGACCACAGGCCCCAUGCAGUCCUCCGUAGCCCCAGGCUCAGGCAGCAUGGUCUCAGGAGCCAGUCCCGCAGGUGCCGGCUUCCUGGGCAGCCAGCCCCAGGCAGCCAUCAUGAAGCAGAUGCUCAUUGACCAGCGGGCCCAGUUGAUGGAGCAGCAGAAGCAACAGUUCCUGCGGGAGCAAAGGCAGCAACAGCAGCAGCAGCAGAUUCUGGCCGAGCAGCAGUUGCAGCAAACGCAUUUGCCCCGGCAGCACCUCCAGCAGCAGCGGAAUGCAUACCCUGUGCAGCAGGUCAAUCAGUUUCAAGGUUCUCCCCAGGAUAUAGCAGCCGUGAGAAGCCAAGCAGCCCUCCAGAGCAUGCGAACAUCACGGUUGAUGGCACAAAACGCAGGCAUGAUGGGAAUGGGACCCUCCCAGAACCCAGGGACAAUGGCCACAGCAGCAGCCCAGUCAGAGAUGGGACUGGCACCUUAUAGCACCACACCUACCAGCCAGCCAGGAAUGUACAGUAUGAGCACAGGAAUGACCCAAAUGUUGCAGCACCCAAACCAAAGUGGCAUGAGCAUCACACACAACCAAGCCCAGGGGCCGAGGCAGCCCGCCUCUGGGCAAGGGGUUGGGAUGGUGAGUAGUUUUGGUCAGAGCAUGCUGGUGAACUCAGCCAUUCCCCAGCAGCACCAGCAGAUGAAAGGGCCGGUAGGCCAGGUGCUGCCGAGGCCCCAAGGCCCACCGAGGCUGCAGAGCAUUAUGGGAACGGUCCAGCAGGGAGCACAGAGCUGGCAACAGAGGAGCUUACAGGGGAUGCCUGGAAGGACUAGUGGAGAGUUAGGAGCAUUCAACAACAGUGCCAGCUACCCACUUCAAGCUGGCCAGCCGAGGCUGACCAAGCAACACUUCCCACAGGGACUGAGCCAGGUCGUGGACGCUAACACUGGCACAGUGAGAACCCUCAACCCGGCUGCGAUGGGUCGGCAGAUGAUGCCACCACUUCCGGGGCAGCAGGGCACUAGCCAGGCCAGGCCGAUGGUCAUGUCUGGCCUAAGCCAGGGCGUCCCUGGUAUGCCAGCGUUCAGCCAGCCCCAGGCACAGCAGCAGAUGCCCAGUGGCGGCUUUGCUGCAAGCAGCCAGAGCCAAGCCUAUGAGCGGAACCCCCCUCAGGACGUGUCAUACAAUUACAGCGGCGAAGCAGCUGGGGCUUCCUUCCCUGGCCUCGCCGACAGUGCAGACCUCGUGGACUCCAUCAUCAAAGGUGGGCCUGGGGAUGAGUGGAUGCAGGAGCUUGAUGAAUUAUUUGGAAACCCCUAGUCAAGAGGGGCCCCAGGAGCCACAACUCUAGUGGUUAAAGCUUAACGUGAAAAAGAAACAGGAUGUUGACCCAUCCUUGUUUUUUCGUUUUUUUGACCCACGUAAACUGAGCAAAACUGCAGCUGGCUGACAGUGGAAGAUCCAGGUGCCAAUCCACAGCCCCGCGGGGCCUCAUUUCACCUGAUUUCCACACAGCAGUCGAGACGAGAUGCCAUGCAGAUCCCUGCUGUGAGAGAGGGAGACACGCCAGAGGCAGGUGGGGAAGACGAGUCUGAAGCCCCUGUGCUCGGCAUUCCCUGUGACCACCUGGCCCAGCAAGGGCUGCGCCAGCCAAGACGGACUGCUGCCCAAGGUGAGGUAUCCGUCUGCCCCUCCUGGCCCAGGUCCGGAGACUGCAGCUUGGGAGACACAAAAGUGACAGAGCCUCAGGCCAGGGAGAGUCCCACAGAGGCUGCUGGGUGGUUGCGCAGGCCCAGAGCACAGGUCAGAAAUGCGCUGGACUCUGGCUGGAAAGAGAUGUCAGGCUUCAAGACGUGCUACUGUAUUUGGAGGGUAGACACGAAGAGCAGUGAGAUGUCUCAGGGAGACGACGACAGAUCCUACAGGCCUGUCUCCUGCCCUGUGAUGACCCUCAGGAAUUUGAGAGGCGUUGCUGUCGGCUGCCUCACAAGGAUUGCCAAGUAAGCUUGGAGAAGGGUCCCUCCAGCUGUCCUGGGGAACAGCCCUCUGCUGGUGGCCAUGGUGGCCAUCCCUCCACGUAGUUGGGCUGGAACCUCCUGGGGGCCCGGAUGAUACUUAUACGUCUAGGCAGUUCCCAUCUACUUGUGGCUGGAUGCUGUGUGUCUGCCAGCAUGCCGCCUUUCUCCCUCACCCCUGCCUUUAUUUCUCCUUGCCUCCACUCCAGCCUGCCCUCGCUUCUCCUUACAGUCUAUCCAAGAAGAAAUGAAGCUUUUGUCUCUAGGGAGCCUGGGCAGAGUCAAAAUAAAUGCAAGAAGAACUUAGACAAUGCCUGAAUUGCAAAGGCGACACUGGAGUUUUCUGUCUCUAACGUGUAGAGUUGAGUGAAUAUUCUCUGCUGGGAACUGAGUGGGCUGCUCUGCUGAUGGAUGGUGGGUUUGUAUGAGCUGCAUCUGAUACCUCUGGUACACCCAGGGAUGAAUGGCCUGGAGGUCACUGGCUCUGGCUCCCCUUGGGAAAAUCCCAGGGGUGAUGCUGUAAAAUUGGCCUUGUCCUUAAUCCUUACUCACCGAAAAGACAAAUCUAAAAUCCUGAGAGAUGAGGAACUGAAAAAUCAAUUGCUCCACCUUAUACAUUUUGGUGAUAAAAAGGAGGAAGAUAUGGUUCAUUUCAUAUGGGCACAGUCAUCCACUUCCAAAGUUCUGUACAGUUGUUCUCCUUGUAAUUCACUCAAAUUUGCCCUAACCGGAGACUGCCGGAAGGGAUCAACAACCUCUUCUAUCUAAGGCUUGUCUCUGUAGUCCUCGCCUCCCCUCCCACUGUCCUCUUCUGGAAGCCAUGUGGCCUAUUGUUGUCCCGAGUAAGAAGGGCGUGUGCUUUUCUCCUACCACUCCUUCCCUGCGUGAACGAAAGCCUGGCUCCCUUCUGUGCACUCACAUGCAACUUGCCUCGCCAGAGCCCAGGCGGGGCUGUGGGGAGCAGGACUGGCUGCACUCAGGGCAAGGUCCUGAGAAGGGGGGUUCGAAUGGAAGGCUGGGGGCAGAGGAUGUAGUGAGGCGGCAGGCAGGCAAACACUGCCCCAGAUGUGCUCGCCGUGUACCAAGGUUAUACAGUUGUGCGUUGCUGACAACACGAUACAUUCUGAGAAAUGUGUCCUUAGGCAAUUUCAUCAUUGUGCAAACGCAGAGUGUCCUUACACAAACCUAGAUGGUAUAUAGUCUACUACACACCUAGGCUGUAUGGUACUAAUCUUGUGGCACCACCGUCAUACGUGCGGUCCAUCGUUGACCUGAACGUGAUGUGGCGCGUGACUGUGGAUCUACUCAGCAAGGGGCAGGAUGGAGGCCAGAGCGGGCCAGGUGGGUGAGAGCCCAGGCAGGGGCUGUGCUCCCUCUGGGAAGAGGUGGUGGCAGGGUGACUGUGAACUCCCUGCACGGGGAGGGACACCACCAAGGAAACUCUUGAGUGGAAACAGAUGAAAACCAAAAAAAAAAAAAGAAGUAAACAAACAAGAAACAGAAUACAUAAUUACCUUUUUCUGAAAGGUACAGGAAAUAAAUAUAUAAGCAAUGAUGAGAAACUGGAGGUGGCUGAUGGGGAGGGGGGCACUUCGUUACCUUUUCAAAGCUUCCUCCAAAUGUUCAGUACUGGGACCAACUAAAUAGAGAGGUAGAUUUUAAUAAGGUUGUUUUGUUUUGUUUUGUUUUUCCUACGGUGCUGAUGUAUAUGUAAUGUCUAAAAAAGUUAUUUGUAAAUAAGUUUUUACAAUACUGCAGAUAUCACUGGGUCUACUAUCUGUAAAAAAUAUACAUAUAAAUAUAUAUAUACUGUUUGUUUAAAAUAGAGUAUUUUUAUUUCAUUCCUUAACUCAUCGUCACAGCAGUGGUAUUGCACUUCAGAUGACAUCUAAUGACUAAUUUGUACUGUAUGACCUAUGGCAACUUGCUCCAUUUUAUUCAGAUUUUUCUAGUUUUCUGUUUUUACUUUGUACAUUGAGCAUUGCUUAUUUCCUUUUAAUAAAUGUACAGAACUCUGAAAUGUAGAAAUGAAGUGAUGUUGACAUACCACUUUUAAAGGAAAAAAAAAUGAAUAAAAGAUUGUUAUCUGAAUCAA